AUGGAUAAAGAAAAACACAGAACAAAAAGAAUUAUCACUGGUUUUAAUUCAAAUAAUAUUGCAACAAGUGUUGGAAGUACUUCAUUUAUUGAAAACACUAAAAUUAAUCAAAAUACAAUGGAUUAUAAUUCUGAUAUUGCAAAAAGUUGGAGUAAAACAACUGAGAUGCGUAUUCCUGAUUCAACUAAUGAUGGCAAUAUUAUUAACAAAGGAGAAAUAAAUCAUAUUCUUAACAAUAUCAAUAACUCACCAACUGAACAUAGUCUAAAGAAUGCUCAAAUGAAAGAAAAAAGAAAAACUUCUCAAUUGGAUCAAGUAAACAAUGAAGAUGAAAAAUAA